AUGAGGGAAACACGGCAUUUAUUUUUGAUUUUAUUAAUUCUAUUCAUCCUCGGCCAGGUGACAAAUGGAUACAAAGUUUUGCUAGUAUUUCCCGUGCCGGCCAAAAGUCAUUAUAUGUUAGGCAAUACCUUGGCCAAAGGACUGGUUGCAGCGGGACAUGAUGUUACGAUGAUAGCUUUUUUUGAAGAAAAAAAUCCGCCUUCGGGAGGUACUUAUACGAACGUGCUUCUGAGUGGUAGAGAAAAAGUAUUUAACAAAGAUUAUAAUUUUCUCGAUUUAGAACAUAUUCCCACAACAUUGGCAAUACAUCAAAUUGACGACACAGGUAUCAUUUUAACUAAAAUCAUGUUAGAACAUCAAAAUGUCAAGGAGUUGUUGGCAUUAAAUCAAAGAUUCGAUGCAAUUGUUAUAGAACAAUUUUGCAACGAUGCAAUAAAAGGUCUGGGAUGGUACUACGAUGCUCCCGUGAUUCUCUUUAGUCCCAUUGGUGCUAAUUUCUGGGUGAAUAAUUUGGUAGGGAAUCCCAACCCGUUAUCCUACGUACCAGACCUACAUCUUGACUAUAGUGAAAAUAUGACAUUAUUACAAAGAGUUAAGAAUACGUUAAUGACGCUAGUUCGUAUAUUAAAUCAACAAAUAUAUUAUUUUCCUGCGCAACGAGAGAUACUAGCGCAAGCUUUUCCUGGAAGUCCAAGUUUAGAAGAAUUAAUGGCAAAUGUGUCCCUUAUUCUGCUGAAUUCUCACGAGAGUACAAACCAGCCGGUACCAUUGGUACCAAAUAUGAUAAACAUUGGUGGAAUGCAUAUAUCUCCUGGAAAAGGAUUACCUCAAGAUUUGAAAGUUAUUAUGGACAGUGCCAAAGAAGGUAUUAUAUAUUUCAGUAUGGGCUCUAAUAUUGAUCCGGCUAAAAUGAAAGAAGAGAUAAGCACAGCAAUAUUUAGUGCUUUAGGAAAACUACCGUACAAGGUUCUCAUAAAAUGGCAUAAAGAUGUUCCAGAAAAGAGUAACAAUAUUGUAAUAAGACAAUGGUUUCCACAACAAGAUGUAUUAGCUCAUCCAAAUAUGAAGCUAUUUAUCACUCACGGAGGUUUACUAAGCACUUUAGAGACUAUAUACUACGGUGUUCCAGUAUUAACUCUGCCAAUAUUCGGGGAUCAGAAAAUGAACGCAGCCAAAGCUGAAGCCGCAGGUUACGGAGUAUCCAUGACUUUCUCCACGAUAACAGAGCAAGGACUGAGUAAAGCCUUAAACGAAAUAUUAAAUAUUAAAAAGUACACAGAAAAUGCCAGACUGAGAUCAACACUUAUGCAUGACAGAAUUCACAAACCACUAGACACAGCAGUUUAUUGGGUGGAAUAUGUAAUACGAAAUAAGGGAGCACCUCACUUGAGGGUAGCUGCAGUUAAUAUGCCAUUCUACGAAUAUUUUUUGCUAGAUGUUAUUGCGCUUCUAGUAUUAGGUUUUAGUAGUGUAUUUACGUUAGUAUAUAUAACUUGUAAAAAGAUUUGCUGUUCUAGAAAAAGCAAAACAUUCAAAAAUGAAUAA